AUAUCUUGAAUGGAUCAAUGCCCUGAUGCACAAAAUACUACUCAAGAUCUAGACCUCCAAAAUUGAUUACGACAGAUAAAAGGAAACAAAGAAUUGAGAAACAAAGAAUUGGAAACAAAUAUCCGUGUGAUCCAGGCAAAUUAGAUAGUGAUGGAAAAAGAAAAUCAUUGGUUAUCCAAACAAGUUAAAACUCUCAAAUGUCUAUAUUUAAAUGUCCGUAGGGUGAAUCGAUUCGACGUUAAAUGAGUCAAACGUAGACAUCCUAAGCACGGUAUUAAAAGCGUGCUUUAAAUAAUCUACGGUUUCUAAAAAGUGCAUUAGUACAUCUUCUUCUUUGGCGUAUCAACCGCUGUCGGUCAGGGCCUGGCUGUAUUAUUUAUGGGCUUGGCUACCAGUGUCUUAUCGAUGACUUCAUUGUAGGAUAGUCAGUUCUAUGCAUGGUACCGCCAUACAGUUUUUAGGGCAAGGAUGCGAGACUUUUUUUUCAAAACAAUCUUUAAUCUGCAAGAAACAAUUUGCUUCCAUAACAAGCGAUGAGUAAUUGAUAGAUGAAUGGAAGAGCAGCUCACGCUAAUCGGCGUUGUACAUGCAUCGAUUGUUUUGCAAAAUAAUAAGCAUUGCUUGUGCAUGAAGAGUUUGUGUGUAUGUUUGAUGCAGCGGUUCUUAGCGUUAUCGGAAUGAUUCGAUGGCUUUCAUCAACUGAUCGUCAACCCGAGCCCGUCAGUACAGUGAGACACUUCUUUCCAAUCAGACAACCAACUAAGUUUCUGCUACGAUGUGCAAAAUGCUUACACAUUUAACAGUCGUGCUCACGUUAGCAAGUAUAGCUUUGGGACAACAUUUUUUAGAACAACCUCCUAUAAAUUACACCGAAGGAAAUAGCUUUAAUGAUUGUAAGGAGCGCUUCGUUACGAGCAAUAGCCACCGAAAGAGCAAAAUAAUUCCCAACGCCAUUGGUGUUAGUACGAAUAUCAGUUCGUAUGCUUUUGGUGGGUUUCGAGCAUAUCGGACCGAGUUUCAACACAUGGCCGCAAUAGGUUGGACCAGAUCAGAAACAUGGAUCGAAUACCUUUGUGGGGGCAGUUUAAUAACUUGGAAGUUUGCUUUAACGGCCGCACAUUGUUCACAAGACAUAAACAGCCUUCCGCCGGAUACAGUACGAUUGGGUGACACACACCUCGAUAGCACCGAGGAUGAUGAAUCGGCACAACAAAUUCCAAUUGCACGCUUUAUCAAGCAUCCUCAGUAUCGAAUGUCGAGAAGCUACUACGACAUUGGCCUUGUAGAACUUGAGAAAAACGUUAUACCAAACAGCGCAAUUUGUGUAGCUUGUGUGUGGCGUGAACCUGGGGUUCCGGAAGACCUAAUGGAUGCGGUGGGCUUCGGUGCUCUUGGGUUUGGAGAAAAGCUGAGCCCAACCCUGCAGAAGGUAAAAUUACAGGCCCUAGAUGCGACGAUAUGUGCUGACCGUGUACCAAUCAAUCGACGUCAAAUGCCGGAAGGCUUGCGUGACGAUCAGCUGUGUGCGCAUAGUGAAACCAUGGACACGUGUGAAGGCGACUCGGGAGGCCCACUACAAACGCAUCGCUACAAUAUGUUUGGUAACGUCUUCCCACUUGUGGUAGGUGUGGUAGCGUUUGGAACUCCGUGUGCAGAGGGUUCUACUGGAGUGUACACGAGAGUCAGCUCGUACCUGGAUUGGAUUGAGAAGGAAGUAAAUCAGUCGCUUAGCUACGAGGUUUGUCCGGGGCUGAACUUUUGCAAACGUAGAGAGUCUUUCUCCAUCUUCCAGGAUGGUACGAUUGAUCCAAAAUGGACAAAAAGUCGUGUUGGACUGUUGUGGAAAGAGGCCGACACGGACAUCUAUCAGUGUGGCAGGGUUCUGAUCGACUACAACUUUGUUAUCACAUCGGCAGACUGUGUAACUUCCAGCAAAGGACCUCCAAGAUACGUAGCCUCUAGCUCUAACAGUGAUCGUGCUGCUAUAGAAGAAGUGUUUGUUCAUCCACGGUUCAUAAAAGGACGACCUUAUAAUGAUAUCGCAAUUAUAAAGACACAAAAGUAUGCAAAUUUAGAUGAAAUGUAUCCGGCCUGUCUAUGGCCAGAGCAGAAACGUUUUGAUAGGAGAGAUUUCCUCCUUUUAGUAGGAGUAUUAGCUCCAUCGAUUCAGAGCUAUGAGGAGAGUUUUAAUAUCAGUACAAAAAGCUUUGGGCAAUACUUCCUACGUGGCGAUGACUGCCAUGUAGGGGAAAAUGUUGCUGACAAUGAUCUCAACUGCAUCAGGAAAAGUGCUAAGUUGGUGCCAGGAUGUCAGCUUGACUAUGGAGGUCCCGUAAUGCUGGAAAAUUUCGACGAACAAUUUACAGCACAUGGAAUUGUAUCUCGAAUGUCGCAGGGUUGUGGAGGCAACAUAAUCUUUACCAGUUUGGCACCUCAUAGGCAAUGGAUGGAAUCGAUAAUUUUCAAAGCUAGCCAAAGAUGGAUAAAAUAUCGAUCUAGUGAAACAUUUACGACGUCUGCUAGCUCGACUUAUGUAGGUCGUAAUGGAGUACUUAGUAGACUUCACGGUGAAAUUAUGGCGGGUCUAAUUAUAGCAUGCUUAGGAUAUUUUGUAUGGUAAAUUUUCGCUCCAGGAUAGUUUUAUAACACGAAAAGGAUUAAAUUAUUUUUUAAUCAGUAGUA